UAAAGCACUCCUUCCUUUUCCGCACGUUUUCCUGCGGCCCUGCUGUGUGUCUGCACAAUAUCACUGAACUGAACCGUUUCUGCACUUACAGCACUGAACAAGCGCCGUGUGUUUACACCAUGACGAAGGAACAGGUUAAAGGGAGCUCAGCCGAGGAGGAGGAGCAGCAGGCGGCCCAGUCCAAGAAAGCGCUGAAGAAACAGCAGAAGGAAGCGGAGAAAGCAGCCAAGAAGGCUGAGAAACAGGCCAAGCUGACAGCUGAUCAGCAGACUACUGAGGAAGAUGACUUUGCACAGGAUCGUUACGGUGUGUGUGUGAUGCUGCAGUCGCAGGAGAAACUGGACAGGUCUCUGGUGAGAGUGUGUGAGCUGUCUCCUGAUAAAGCAGGACAGAUGGUGUGGGUGCGUGCCAGGAUUCACACCAGCAGAGCUAAAGGGAAGCAGUGUUUCUUGGUCCUGCGUCAGCAGCAGUUUAAUGUCCAGGCUCUGGUAGCCGUGGGAGAGCGAGCCAGCAAGCAGAUGGUGAAAUUCGCCGCUAAUAUUACAAAGGAGAGCAUAGUGGACGUGGAGGCCGUGGUGCAGAAGGUGGAGCAGAAGAUUGAGAGCUGUUCUCAGCAGGAUGUAGAGCUGCACAUCCAGAGGCUGUUUGUGGUGAGUCAGGCUGAGCCUCGGUUGCCUCUGCAGUUGGAGGAUGCUGUGAGGCCUGAAGUAGAGGGUGAGGAGGAGGGCAGAGCCACGGUGAACCAGGACACCAGACUGGAUAACCGUGUCAUCGACCUGAGGACGACGACGAGUCAGGCGAUUUUCCGUCUGCAGUCAGGAGUGUGUCAGCUUUUCAGAGACACACUCACCAAGAAGGGCUUCGUCGAGAUCCAGACGCCUAAAAUCAUCUCGGCUGCGAGUGAAGGAGGUGCGAACGUCUUCACCGUGUCCUACUUUAAGACGAGUGCGUACCUGGCUCAGUCUCCUCAGCUCUACAAGCAGAUGUGUAUCUGUGCUGACUUCGACAAGGUCUUCUGUGUCGGACCAGUGUUCAGAGCUGAGGACUCGAACACUCAUCGUCACCUGACGGAGUUUGUUGGUCUGGAUAUUGAGAUGGCGUUUAAUUAUCACUACCACGAGGUCAUCGACUCCAUCACCGACACCAUGGUGCAGAUCUUCAAAGGACUCAGGGACAAUUUCCAGUCGGAGAUCCAGACGGUGUGUAAGCAGUACCCCAGCGAGCCGUUUAAGUUCCUGGAGCCGACGUUGAGGUUGGAGUUUACGGAAGCCGUCACUCUGCUGCGCUCAGCUGGAGUGGAGAUGGGGGAUGAGGAGGAUCUCAGCACUCCUAAUGAGAAGCUGCUCGGCCGGCUCGUCAAAGAAAAGUAUGAUACAGAUUUCUACGUCCUGGAUAAAUAUCCUCUGGCGGUGAGGCCGUUCUACACCAUGCCCGAUCCCCACAACCCGAAAUACUCCAACUCAUACGACAUGUUUAUGAGGGGAGAGGAGAUCCUGUCUGGAGCUCAGAGAGUCCACGACGCUCAGCUGCUCACAGAGAGAGCACUUCAUCACGGCAUCGACUUGGAGAAGAUUAAAUCCUACAUCGACUCGUUCCGUUACGGAGCUCCGCCCCACGCUGGAGGAGGAAUCGGUUUGGAGCGAGUCACCAUGCUGUACCUCGGGCUACACAACGUGCGUCAGACCUCCAUGUUCCCCCGUGACCCCAAGCGCCUGACACCCUAAAGGUCAACGGUGGCACUUCCUGGCUGACCUCACUAACACACACACACACACACACACACAGAGGUUAUGGGAUCUCUCCGUGAUUAAACGACGAUAAUAAAUUAAAACCAGCUCAUUUUUUAACAUUUGAUACUGAUGUGUACGAUGAGGUCAGUCCUGACUGGUGAAGGGACAGAGUGAACAUUAAACAAGUGUACUUCAAUCUGUAUAAAGGGAAUCUGUGCUCUAAUGGUGGUAAAGGGGUGGGUCAGGCCAUGUCUCAAACCACACAAUACUGCACUAAAUCGUGUGAAAGUAUUAUGGCAGUGUUUUUGACAGUUCUACAGUCUGUAAUUUUUGGUAAAGUCAAGUAAUACAUAUUGAUGUAGCGUUUACUACGCUAGUAUGUGAUUUAGGACGUAGCCCAGGACUUAAAAAUAGUGUGCUUAAUAACAUGCCACUAAAUACUAGUGUACUAAACGUCCUGAUUAUGAUGUUUUGUGUAUUUAAUCAUGUGGUUUGGGACGCAGCCCGAGUCGUACACUGUCUGAGGUAAAAGUUUUGACACACUCGCACACUGCAGUGUACUAGGGUGUGGAUUGGGACGUGGCCCAGGUCUUAUACUGACUAAGAUAAACUUUGAGUUCAGGUAGUUGUUUUCUACAGAAAUCAUGUUUACUGCCUGAGUGCGGAGGAGGACGAGUUUUAAACAUCAGAGCAGUUUAAUAAAUAAAUAAAGACAUUACUAAUGAAUUAAAGAACAGAUUCUCAUUACUCUAACA